UCGGACGGGCAAGGCACAAACACGCGUAUUUUUGUUUGAAACUCUCUACAGCUACACAUAGCUGAGCUUGCUAUAGAACGACAGGAAAGCACUAAGUACUAAGUAGUGAAGAGACACAAAACUCAUUCAUUGACUAAUCAUCCGCCGUGUACGAGUAGUCGUCGUCGUCGAAUCUGUAUAUGGUAAAAAUAUUUGUGCUAUAAGUAAGUCGUCGACAGGAAAUGAAAUAAUAAAAAAAAAGUUAUUUGUGGAAACAAAAAAAAAAUGUUGUGGUGUCAUCAAAGCAUCGGAGAUAGUGGAAACGAAGCUGCGAAUUAAGUGGAAGUAGAACAAAAAAGUGCAAGAAACAGCAAAAAAAUACCAAGUUUUUGUGUUAGUGAAUGAAAAAGAGUGAAAUAUCGAUGCAAGUGCUGCGCUAUACGACACACACACAAAGUGGCACUCCUACUCACAAAACCAGAGCAAUAUGUACGCCUGCGCUUUUAAAACGGCAUGUGUGCUCCCUAAACAAUAAUAUAACGCAAAACUUAUCAUUCCAUUCAUAAAAAAAGCCAGCAAAAUAUCCAUCGACACAUACACACAGACGAACACUCACUCGUCGUUCUCGUCGUCUUGCACAUUGAAGAAAAAUCAUUAGUAUACCUUGCUGCUGUGUUGUCGAAACGAGCGAAAAAUUCGGUUCUCUCGGAAAAAAAAUUCACAAAAAUUCCAACGACGCUCCGAAAAACCAUGCAAACAGUGCCAUUAAUCGAAAUUUUCUGCACAAUUUUAUGAAAAAAUCAUAAUCAAUGUUCUUUUGAUGCACGGAAAGAAGAAAGUGUAGUGAUUAAUUUUACGAACAGUGUUCGCAGCAACAACUCACACAACACCAAAACAACAACAACAACAGCAACUACGGGAGAGAGAGGCAAAAAACGACUAUCGUAUAGUGAAAAAAAAAUUUGCGUGGGCGAAUUUUAUUUCAUUCAUAUUUAUAAAAGCGAAAAAAACGGCAAUAUAGUGUGUGGUGAUUGAUUUUAGCAGCAGCAGCCCAACCAUUGUUACAACAAGCGCAAAGUGUUUUUUUUUUGUGCGAAAAGAAAAAAAAUAAAAAAAUAGCUAAGAAUGGCAGUUCCAGCGGAAUGGCUCCAAAGCCAGCUACUAAAACCAAAUUGGAUGGAUUUUUUGCUCAUUCUCGAUUGUCGCCUACAGUCCGACUUUAUCGAGUCACACAUAAAGGGUAGCCUUAAUUUCUUCCUUCCAACGCUAAUUCUAAGGAGAUUGCACCAGAAAAAGCUGGAUUUGUUCACGACGAUCAAGUGUCGCCACCUCAAGAAUCGCAUCAUGUCCAAUUACAGCAGCAGCAAAGACGGAAAAUUCACAUUUGUGCUCUACACCAACACCAUGGGCAGUAUGAGUGCCGCCGGAUGUGAUGCAAGCAAUACAAAUAACACAGAAAUAAAUUCCUAUAAUGUGCUCAAAAAAAUAUUAAGGGAAGACGGCUGCACCUUGGUCACACUUGAAGGUGGUUUUCAAACAUUUUCCGAGAGAUAUCCAGAAUGGUGCGAGAACGAGGCAUUACUUGAGACGGACUACAAUCCAACGGAACAAUUGAUGGGAUUGAGAUCUCUGCGCAUCUCAACCCCAUUUUCCGAUUCGGCUGGCACAAGUUCGACCGAAUCGUCGGAUUGCGAGUCAGGUGGCACGCAUGACCUAAGCGAGGCACCGGUCGAGAUAUUACCAUGGCUUUAUUUGGGCAAUGAGAAAAAUAGCCAGGACCUGGAGGCGUUACAGAAAUACAAUAUUAGAUAUAUCCUCAACGUGACUCCAAAUUUGAAAAAUGUCUUCGAAGGCGAAAUAACGUAUCUGCAAAUCAAGAUUACGGAUCAUUGCUCCCAGGAUUUGUCGAUACAUUUUCCGGAAGCCAUCAAAUUUAUUGAGGAUGCACAUGCCAAAAACUCCGUCGUGCUCGUGCAUUGCGUGGCAGGCGUCAGUCGUAGUGUCACAAUCACUCUCGCGUAUCUCAUGUACGCCCGUUCGCUCUGCCUGAACGACGCCUUUUCCUUCGUGCGUGCCAAGAAGCCCGAUAUUUCGCCGAAUUUUCACUUUAUGCAGCAACUAAACUCGUUCGAGCGACAACUGAAGAAAGAUCCAACACGUUCCAGCACGCCGUUGUCCGGUUACAGCAGUUUACCGCAGUCGGGCGAUCGUCGCAGCAUCGGGCGUGCACGUCACAACAAAUACGGAUGCAAUUGUUUGGAAUUUGAUUGCAAGUGUGUGACCGUUGAUACGUUAUUUGGACCGUUUACGGGCGUUUCGCCCGAUUCGGGCAUCGAAUUUGAUCGAUGGAGCAGCGAUAAUACGCCCAAAUGAAGGCACCUCAUGCAUCAGAGCUCGUCGUCGGCAGCUUCCACGUCGGAAAUGUCGUCCGCAGGGGCAUCUGGCAAGUAAGUGUAGAUAGUAAACGUUGUUGUAGUCAAGCAAAUUGUUAAUUUUUUUGCGUCAUAUCUCGUAAUUAUUAAGAUAUUUCUCCCGAAAUGUGCCCUGCACUUGUCCUUAAGUCGCCUGUUGUUGAACAAAAA